AUGGAUACAAGCAUCCAAAAAACUAAAAAGGUUCAAACCUCAAAACAAACAACAUAAAACACAGCCAAAUAGCUGGAGAACAAGAUGAGAUCAAGUAGCCAAAGUUCUGAAAACUCCAAGAAAACAGACAACAAAGACGAAGAAGAGGAUGAAGAAGAAAGAUCAGCAGAUCAGAGCCCAUCUAAGAAUAGCUAUCUGGAAGAGAAUGGGAGUCACCAUCAUAAUAAUGAUCAAAUCAAGAAAAUUAGUGGAUCUGUGAGGCCGUACAACCGCUCAAAGACUCCAAGGCUGCGAUGGACACCUGAACUCCAUAUUUGCUUUCUUCAAGCUGUGGAGAGAUUGGGUGGACCAGAUAGAGCAACACCCAAGCUUGUUCUUCAAUUAAUGAACGUCAAGGGGCUAAGUAUUGGACAUGUCAAGAGCCACCUUCAGAUGUACAGAAGUAAGAAAAUCGAUGACACAAACCAAGGAGAUCAAAGAUUUUCGUUUGAACACAGAGCUGGUUACACAUACGACCUUCGCCAACUUCCAAUGCUACAAAGUUUUGAUCAAAGUCGUACUAGUUUAGGAUAUGGCGGCGGUUCGUGGACCGGCCGUAGACAACAUGUCUACCGUAGCCCUUCGAGAGGCCUAACAGCACGAGACAAUACAAGAACAAGACAAACACUGUUUGGCUCACAGCCUGGAGAGAGAUUUGAUGGAGUUAGUAAUCGUAUUCUUGAUGAUAAGAAUAGUACUAUUUGGUUUCGAAUCAAUUCUCAUGAAGCGGCUCAUGCGAACAAUGGAGUAGGUGAAGCAGUUCCAAGAAUGCAUAGAAGUUUUCUUGAAGGUAAGAAAACGUUUAACAAAUCAUGGGGACCGAGCCUCGCCUCAAAUCCUAAUUCUUGGACGGCAUCAAAACCACAAUCUCACAUCGCUACUACAUUAAGCUCUAAUCAAAGGGACAACCCACUAGUGGCAGAAGAAAUGGAGAAUGUGUUGAAGAAGAAAAGAUUGUUACUGUCUGAUGAUUGCAAUAACUCGGACAAAGAUUUGGAUCUAAGCUUGUCCCUUAAGGUACCUCGGACACACAACAACCUUGGAGACUGCUUGUUAGAAGAAGAAAAAGAACAUGCAGAUAGCAAGGGUUUGUCUCUUUCAUUAUAUUCGUCGAGUUUUGCAAAACUCGGUCAAGCCAUUAGAAAAGAAGAUCAAAAUUAUCAUAAAAAGAGAAAGUGUUCCGUCUUGGCAAGUCCCCUUGAUCUUACUUUGUGA